AACUUCUUUUUGCGCCACGCUCUGCAAACACGAUUCGCCACUUUACUCAAUGCCAUCCACCUACUAAUGACUCUUACGUUCCAAUGUUUGUUUAAGAGGCAUUCAAGAAAGAAGGAUUGGGAUUUCGAUCUUUAUUGAUACCAGAUGGCCCAAUAAUGGACAUGAGGACAUGUUCGCUGGAGCCCACCAGGACUGAGUUAUCAGCAGCUACUGGUAGCCCAACACCGGAAUGUUCUGGUUGUCAGAAACCAAUACGUGAGAGGUAUCUAUUGAAGGCUUUAGAUCAAUUAUGGCACGAAGAUUGCCUCAAGUGUGCCUGUUGUGAUUGCAGACUUGGCGAGGUCGGUUCGACUCUUUUUACAAAAGCUAAUCUUAUUCUCUGUAAGAGGGAUUAUCUCAGACUCUUCGGCACAACAGGUUUAUGUUCGGCCUGCAACAAAACAAUUCCAGCUUUCGAAAUGGUUAUGAGGGCUCGAGGUAACGUCUACCAUCUGGAAUGUUUCGCUUGUCAGCAGUGCAAUCACAGGUUUUGUGUCGGUGAUAGAUUUUAUUUAUACGACAACAAAGUUUUAUGCGAAUACGAUUACGGGGAACGUGUUUUAUUCGCUCAUUUACCGUAUGAUACAAGUAGCUUGGAUCACAUAAAGAGACAGACUGAAAAUUUGUCGCCUUUUUCUCACGAUGAUCUUUCAAGUGGAUAUGGAAGUCCGGAUUCCCUUAGUGAUGGAAAGUAAAAGAAAGAAAGAGGAAAAAAUAAAUAAAUAGAAACAAAUAAAUAAAAGUGACAAUGAUAAUAAUACAAAAUGUACAGCACGUAUAUAAAACAUAAAUCGCGAUGUCACCGAAAAUCUCGACUCGAUGACAAAUAUGGACAUAGACAGAUUAUCCUUUGUUCUGUAGCCGUGAGUUGAAGAAUAAUAAUGUUCAAUGUAUGUAUAUUGUACUAAACGAACUUGGUUUAUAGGACUUUUAAUUAAUUAAUUCCGUAAAUUUUCUUUUUUUUUCCGUGUAAACGACAAGAAGCUUACGAAACUAGAGAAGAGAGAGAGAAAAAAAAUCAAAUUUCGAGUGUGUUUCUGUAAGCAGAACGUCAGAGCAAUCUUAUUCUUAAAUCGGUCUUUAAUAAAAGAAGGCCUUAAAAUAAUAAUUAUAUAAUGAUUCUGUGGUAUAAAAAGCCUCUAACUGUCUUACUCUUCUCGAAAUAAAAAUAAAUAUUUUUCGNAAAC